AUGGUAGGAGCGCUGGGAGCGAGUGUGAUAAAGCUCACUACCGUGGUCACCCUCCAGUCUGUUACGGUGGAGAUAUCACCGACAGGAGUCUCGGUAGAAGCGGGUAUAGUGGUUGUGGUUGAGACGUCUAUUGACGUUGACUGGACGUCGGUGCUAGUUUGCGACGCUGUGGCUUGUGGAGACGAGCUUGCCAUGAGCGAGGUUGUCGUUUGGAUCUCGUCGGUGCUAACGGUCGUGCUAAGGGCCGUUUCCGUACAUGUACAGUCGGUUGUGUCCGUCGAUGUCGUGGUCAGAGUGAUAGUAAUCAUGCGUUUGGCCAGCUGGGAUAUAAUCUCCUUUGUCGUCACCCCCACCCGCCCAGUCUGGCAGGAGGGCACUGUCUGGCUAGAAAGAGAGAUGGAAACAUCGGAGGCAACCAGUAAACAGAGACCUUGA